CUUACAGAUUUUGGUGCCAACGGUACGAAGAAAAGCUGUCUGAAAUCAUUGCGUCUCUGCUGACAUCAAAAUAUCCGGGUUCAUCUCCUAACAAACGAAAACGUCCUUCUAAGGGGAAUCCCAUUGCCAGUACAACUCCCUCUGCUGAUCAAAUUUUAAACCAUCUAGAGCAUUAUAGAAGAAGUUGUAGACAUGGAACCGGUACAGGGCUUUAUGUUCAUGAUAUGAUGCAGCGCGCAUUGCAAACAGCUUACUCUCAUAGUAACGAAAGCACGAAGAAGCAGUUCAGCGAUCUUUUUGCACUGGCCGCAGAAGACGAUACUACAGCUGUUGGCCGACGCGGAGGAAGUGGCCGUGGGCGUAAGCAACCAGUCAGUAAAAAGGAAACCCUUAUUCAUAACUCAUCAAACAAAAAAAACUCGGAAAUUUCCAAAACUAUAUUCUCCUCAGAUGAAAAUUCUAGUGAGGAAGAUUGGUCAAAAAUUAAGACACAAGCGGCUAAAAAAAGGAAAAAGGCUAAUAAUGAUUCUGACUGACAUUUUAAGUUUUAUCAAUGGUUACUUGUUGGUUCGCAGAAAAACGUUUGAAAUUGAGUCAUUGGGUUUUUUAAUAAGAAAUUUAAUUAGUUUAAUACAAGUUUUAACUUAAAAAACUAAAAAUGU